GUGAGUCAUUGGUGUAAUAUAACAUAUCAUCUCAAAACAGCCUGCCUAAGAGCUGUGCUGCCGCAAUCAUUCGUCGGCGGAGUCCAUCUCCAUCUCGGAGUCGUCUCGUGAGAUGGACGAGAGUAUGGUGUAAGAGUGAAAAAGGUCUCUUUCCGAUGGCUGUGUGAGGAUGCGACUGCCCAGCUCCAUAUUUGUGUCGGUCUCUCUUUUCACUGCUGAGACGACGGCUGCUCUCUACCUAAGCUCCACGUACCGCUCUGCUGGGGACCAGAUCUGGCAGGGACUCACGCUCCUUUUUACGCUCGUGCCAUCUGUACUGGUGCAGCUCACGCUUACCUUUAUCCAUAGGGACCUCAGCAGGGAUAGACCCCUCGUACUACUGCUGCACAUUCUUCAGCUAGGACCGAUUGUCAGAUGCCUGGAGGCAUUUUGCAUCUAUGGGAGUGUGGGGAGGGUGGAGGAGCCCUAUGUCAGCAUCACGCGGAAGAAGCAGAUGCCGAAGGACGGGCUGUCGGAGGAGGUGGAGAGGCAGGUGGGCCAGGCGGAGGGGAAGCUGUUCACCCACCGCGCGGCCUUCGCCCGCACCUCUGUCAUCCAGGCCUUCCUGGGCUCCGCCCCCCAGCUCACCCUGCAGCUGUACAUCUGCAUCCUGCAGCAGCGCGUGUCCAUCGGGCGAGGUACUCUGAUGGUAAUAUCGCUUCUGUCGAUUGUGUAUGGCGCCUUGCGGUGCAAUAUCCUGGCCAUUAAGAUCAAGUACGAUGACUACGAGGUGGACGUGAAGCCUACAGCCUACCUCUGCAUCUUCCUGUGGCGGAGCUUCGAGAUCGCCACGCGGGUGGUGGUCCUGGUGCUCUUCAGCUCGGUUCUGCAGAUCUGGGUCCUGCCGGUGGUGCUGGUCAACUUCCUCAUCUUCUUCUCCUACCCCUGGAUCCUGUUCUGGCAGAGCGGGUCGCCGUUCCCAGAGAACAUUGAGAAGACGCUGACGCGGGUGGGCACCACCAUUGUCCUGUGCCUGCUGACGUUCCUCUACGCCGGCGUCAACAUGUUCUGCUGGUCGGCCGUGCAGCUCAAGCUCAACGACCCGGACCUGAUCAACAAGUCGCAGAACUGGUACCGCAUGGCGGUGUACUACAUGCUGCGCUUCGUGGAGAACGCGACGCUCAUCCUGCUCUGGUACGUGUUCCAGACCGACUUCUACCGCUUCGUCUGCUCGCCCCUGCUGGUCCUGCAGCUGCUGGUGGGCUAUGCCAUCGGCAUCUUCUUCAUGCUGGUCUUCUACCAGUUCUGCCACCCCUGUAAGAAGCUGUUCUCCUCCAGCAUCUCCCUGGGCCUGUGGGAGUGCAUCAACCUCCUGUGCCUGCUCUGCGCCGUCCACCGGGGGGAGGGGCCCGCAGAAAAGAUGGCGCUAGAGCAGCCCCCCUCAGACAAAGACAUCGCCAAUGACACAGCAGAGAUGAACGGGAACCUCAGCCAGAGCCUGUCCAGUAACCCGUGAGCCUUGAGUGGGCCCUACAGUGAGUCUCCAUUCACUGGAAGCGCAGUGACGACAUUGUCACCGUAUGUUGCAAGCAGGAGGCAGGGUAGGCUGGGGGGGAGAUGAGCACGGCCACAUACAGCAUCUGCCCAAAGCAGCGAAUCGGAAUUAGGCUGUAGGUCGAUUUCCUACGUGUGCGGCAUGCCGUUAUUUAUGACGCAGUUAUUGAUCACUUCAUCUGACAAACGGGACACAACCAAAAGGAUCCCUGUUCCUUCUCAGAAAGAGAUAACCUUGGAAAAUUGCUCUGCAGUUUUUUUUUUUUUUUUUCACGAAACAUCAGCAUUAGACUCCUCAGGACGUUUGGCCCCGCCCCUGAAUGCCGGAGUACAUUUUUACACCGUGAGUGACAUGAACCUGCCUGUCUUUGAUGUGUGCUCUGCUCACUACUUACUGCUUUGCCAACUACAGUGUUACGAUGCAAAAAACAAACCAGUCUGCAUCUUAUGGCUUAUGUACCGUAUACAUUUACAUAGAUUUCUACAUACCUUUUCCACUGAAGCAUUACAGUAUUUAUGUACAUAGAAAUAGUUUGCUGGACGACAGAUACAAAUAAUCAUAUGCUUAAAAUGAUGGUAAAUGAUCCACUUGCACAUCAUAAAAGGGACUACCCUUAAAAAUGUUUUAUUUUUUAGUUGAAGGGCUCUUGGGUUUUAUUUGGUCAUUCCUGUUUAUGGCACCAUUUUAUUUCCAUGUUUAAAAUAACUUCCAUUGCCAUGGGCAAAAGGAAUUCUAUAUAAAAAAAGCUUUACCUCAUCGCCUAUCUCUCAUUCACAGUGUAGCAUCUCUUAAAGCUCGGACUACCAGAUAGGAUGGGUGCCUCAUAAUUCUAUAACAGUAUAGCUGCUGUGUGACAGUUCCAUUACUGUAUCAAAUAGCGACCCUCGAGUGUGUCAUAUGCCAGAACAUUCCAGCAUGCUCACACCACAUUUAGAAGCUUAAUGAACUGCACCAUGAGAAAUGCAGUGUUAAAGCCAUUUCAGUAAGGCACCAUGCACUGCUUUUCACAGUCAAUUACCUGUAUCUCUGUGCAUCCCGAUUUGUCACACUAUGCUAGUUAGCGUCACAUGACCGCUAUAUAUCUGCUAGAGUGUUUGUAAGUUGGAAUGUUGGAUGUAAAUGGGUCUCUGAUUUGUGCAAUUCUUUAAAAUGUGUAUUUGUGUUUUACGUUUAACUUUUUGCACUAUUUUUAACUUUUUCGGUGCAGUCAUGCUAGGUUUAAAACAACUUAUAAUAACAAAUGAAGGUAAAUAGUUACAAUGAUAUUCGAAUAUCCCAAAAAUCUAAACUGUAAAGUGUACUCCACAUAUAAAAUCCUUUUAGAUGGUGUUGAAGUCAGCUUAUAGUAAAAUGAGUAUGAAAGCAUUUCUGAGGGAUGGAGCCAUAAUUUAUAUAUGCCAAAUGUGUAUGUAUUUAUAACAAUUAAUUGUUUUUAGUGAAUUAUUGAGUUCUUGAGGGACUGUUUUCCAAGUCAUGUAUUUGUAUUAUACUGACCUCAAGUGGCCAAAGAAAUUAUGUUAAUUAAAAUCGCAGCCUGUCUCUAGUACUGCAUAAACACCCUUUUCCCCACAAUUCUGACAACCCCCCUGUUGAAAACCCCUGUGUUGACUAAAGACAAGCCACAAUGUUUAUUUAUUCUGAAGCCUGUAUUGUUCCAAAUGUGUCUUGUGAUACAAAUUGUUUACCUGUGCCAUAUCUGCCCUAAUAGAUUAGACUGACAAUAAGAUUGAGCCUUAAAGAGCACAUAGAAGAAGCUGCAUUGAGCCCCACAAUACUGUGUUGCUGUGAGAGCAGUAUUUUAACAGGACCUAAAGUAUCUUACAUGUCUGCCAGUUCAUUUGUUCACUGUUGGGUAUUGAAUGUACCAUUGCACAACUUCAAGUAUCUAGGUGUUUUCUUCAGUUGCAGCUUUUUGUCACAUUUAAAUUUUGCCUUAAUGUAAAAUUCAUAAUAAAAAAAAUAAUUUAAAAAAAGAUGUUGCCUUUUGUUU